AUGUGGGAGCCAUCGUCGAAUCAACCGCAGGAGCAGCAGCCACAGGAAGAACAACAGAACGAAAUUGUAAAUUUAUCGAAAAAAAAAUGCGUCUCGUGCGCGACAGAGAAAACCUGCCGGUGGCGACGGUCGAAAUUACUCUCGCGAGCGACGCUGUGCGAUAAAUGUUACCGGAACGAAGCGUUAGCGCUGACCAGUCGCCAAUGCUACGUGUGCGAAUCGAAACAAACGACCGGGCAGUGGUUUAAAUCGAAAGUUGACUUGAGUUUUGAUUUAUGCAGGAACUGUUGGGUGAAAGAACACGCGCUGCUGGCGAAUAAAGUUUGUAUUAACUGCAAAAGUAAGCGAACGAGUAUGCAAUGGUUGAAAAGUAAAAUCUUGGAAGGCGCGGAUUUGUGUAACAACUGCUAUCAGAAGGAAGUGUAUCAGUUGAGCAAGUUCACUGCGAACGGGUCGACGACGAGCGUGGAAGAGUUGGUCAAACCUCUGAUGAAAAGAGCAAUACCGACAGAGAUUGAAGAGAAGGAGGAAGAGGAAGACGAAGACGAAGACGAAGACGAAUAA